AUGGCUGCAGAUGUCCGAGCUCUGUUAAAGGCAAAGGCACAGGUGAAGGACAAUGCUUGGACUCUAGAACGGGCCAAACGAAUCACCCACCCAUUAGCGGCGUAUAAUCAGUCUGGCCAACUGCGAUGUACACUCUGCGCCACUGUUGUCAAAGACAACGAUAUUGCAUGGAGUGGUCAUUUGGGAAGCAAGGCACAUCGUACAAACGUUGGAAGAGUAAAAGAGCUGGAAAAGAAGAAGGAUGAAGAGGCAAGAUUAGAAAAGGGGAAGCGAAAGGCUGUCGAAGGUGACGAUGAAGGUUCUUCUAAUGGACAGAACACCCCUGGUAAUGAAAGGGCCAUCAGCCCAGCCUCGAAGCGUUUGAAAACAACCCAAGACUCUACAGCAGCACCAUCCAACUUCUUCUCCGAUCCUACACGUACACUCCCGACGGCAGACUCCGACGAGGAGGAAGAGGCUCCAAAUACGGCACCACCAGGACCGACCGAACGUACUUCCCAAAUUGAUAUGGAAAUGGCCGAAUUUGAGCGUGAUCUUCUUUCUAGCCAGGCUGCUAAUUCGGCCCUUUCGAAACAGGAAAUAUUCAAUCGGGCAACAGUGGCCGGAGAAGAACAAAUACUUUACGACGAAGAGGAAGGUUUGCCCGAACACCUGCGGCGUUCAAAUGCAAACGCUAAUAGUGCUCAAUCAACCGUGAAGGGUGUUGCGAUAUUGGAGGGAGAAGUGAUGGGAGUGGCACCUGACACUGAAACCCCAGAAGCAGCUAGGGAAAGGAAAGAGAGAGAAGAAAGAGAACUGAUCAUGGAUCGAAUAAUGGAUGAAGAAAGAGCUCAGGAAGACGCAGACGAAAAGCUCCGCUCUCUCAAGGCCAGGCUGGCCUUAGUCAAGCAAAAACGAGAGGAAGAGAAAAAGAGGAAAUUGGCAGGAAAAGGUUGA